AUGUGACCGUUGAGCGCGUGGCGGUGGAACGCGGAAGAGGCCGCGCCCCCUUGGCUGCUUCUCUCUCUGUCUCUCACGUUAGGGAAGUGGGCAGGCCUGGCCUCUGAGCAUGGACAGAGCGCCUCUUUUCCCGCAGGGUGGGGGGCUGUUGGGAGGCGAGGGGAUGGGGACUUCUGCGUUCUGCCGUCUCACACGCCGCCCUCUCCUCGCCGGACUUUAACUCGAGCGGGAGGGUCCUCGGUCUCUUCGCGGGGGAGUUUUCUCACACGGCCUGGGGGAGCCUCGUUCCUUGGGUUAGGCUGCAGAGGCGCCUCGCCGAGAGCCCGAGCGCCGGUGGAGAGUUGGGCCCCGUGAGCUGAAUGGAAUUGGGGCGGCCACUACACGCAAGCAGUUACUUGGCUGUGUUUCUUCUCGUUUCCUUUUAAAAAUCUCGCCCUUCCUUCAAGACACAGUGCCGUGUUCAAGGGACAGGACCUCACAACAAAUCUGCGAGGGUGAAGGAAGCCACGCCUGGAGCAGGAAUCACAAGACAUUCCAGAGAGAGAGAGAGAGAGAGAAAGAGCUUCAAAGAAUCUUGGUUUGGAGGCUUCAGCUAAAACGUUCUUCAGUCCCCAAACUGGCAUCCAAAUGGCUGCUGAGAUGCUAAAUAAGGUCUCUGUUGUUUCUCUUGUCCUGACUGACUGAGCAUCCAUAUUUAGUGAACAUCCACAUUCCCUUGCUUUGGAGUGCUGAUUUUUGGAUGAAUGUGCUUGGCAUGAAAAUGAGGCUGAGGGGGACUUGUUGGCAUCAGCAUCUGUAAGAAAGCCACCCAUUGAGGGGAUUGGGCCAUCCCUAUUCAGAACCCACUCAGGACCCAAGUAUGUGAUGGGUUCUUGGAGCUAUCAACCACUUCCUGGAAUAUGAAUCUAGUCCUCUUCUCCCUUGUUCUGAUAAGCGCUUUAUGAAGACAAUGAGAUGUGGUGAAGAGAAUCUGAGUUAAAUGGCGGACUGUGUGCAGUCUGAGCCAACCUCCAGGGCCUGGUGGAACUACUUUUUCCUCUAUGACGGCUCAAAGGUGAAGGAAGAAGGAGAUCCUAUGCAGGCUGGGAUCUGCUAUUUCAACCCCCGCCAGACUCCUCUGGAUCAUCAAGAGCUUCUGUGUGGGCAGAUAGCUGGCAUGGUUCGCUGCAUGGAGGAGAUUUUGGGCUCGCCACCUGGCCUCAUACGGUUGAGGAAGCUCAAGCUCUCCGUGAAAGUGGAUGGAAGCUACAUCUGGGUGCUGGGCUGCACUACUGACCUCCCUGACAUCAGCUGCAGGCGGUUCCUGGAGCAGCUGGUGGGACUCUUCUGCUUCUACAAUGGGCCUGUUCGCCAGGCUUACAUGGAACGUGCCCAGGAGGAGCUGGACCAGGCAUGGGAUCGCUACGUGGAGCACCUGCAGCAAAACACCACUGACCUACACCGGAUCUUCAACUCCCUCUGGGCCUUGGACAAAACCAAAGUGGACCCUUUGCUCCUGCUGAAAGCAGCCCUCAUCCUGCAGACCUGCCAGCGCACCCUCCAUGUCCGGGCUGGAUGCAUUUCCUACCAGGGGCUGGUUGUCAGCAGUCAGCUGCCGCCAGACCUCACUGCCCGAGUUCUGCUGCAGGAGGUGGAUGUAGCCUCAGAGGGCGAGACGGGAAACGGGGCUCUGCUGCAGACUCAGGAGCCCCCUUUACCUCCAGGGGUCCGGAUCACCCCUGUUUACCUUUGGGAUGAUGAAGCAGCCGCCCUCCGGGACUUCCCCGUGGAGUGGGUGAGCAGGUCCCAGGGAGGCCCAGGCAGCUGCAAAGACGGCCUGAUUUCUGCUGGAGCAACUGGUGGGCCAGGUGGCACCACUUCGGUAAGGAUGGUCUUGUAUGUCCACCAUGUUCGAGGCUUGGUGCUCUCCCUCCUGGCUGAAGAGCACUUUGCACACACCAAAACCUCCGUUGAGGAUGUGUAUCACAGCAGCCUGGCCUCCCUGAACGGCCUGGAGGUUCACCUGAAGGAGACCCUCCCAAAGGACAGCCUCUCCGCAGCCAAGGUCACCUACGGCUUUGCGCACUAUGAUGCCGUGCAGAAGGUUCUGGCCACCAACUUCUUGCCUGCUAAUAGCCCCCCGGACCGUUCCUUCCUGAGGGCAGCCAGCCUGAUCCAUGCCAAUUUCCACCAGCUGCCCACGGCUUCAGAAAUGAUGGUCAGCAAAAGUGGGGUUUUCUUUUGCUUGCUGAAGAGGACCCCGCUGCCCCUCCUCCUCUUGCAUUCAGCACAGCUGUUAUUGUGCCCAAGCCAUGGCCAGGCUUGCCUCUGCCACUCUUGACACCCAGUGUAGGCCUUCAAGAAGGCCAGCUGAGGCUCUCUUGCAAAUCGCCAGAGAAAUUCAUGAGACUUAAGAGUCAUUUUGCCCUCCGGCUGUUGCGGGACUCCCCCUGACCAUUGGCCAUGCUGGCAUCCCCUGCAGAGCACCAGGUAGGGAAAGGCUCAUGCUGGCUGCCUGUCUUUGGACUGAGCUUCCACCUUGCCGGGGGGGGGGGUGUCCCCCUAUAAAACCACCUUUUACUGAGCAGUCUCCAUCUGCAGGCGCAUGUCUAUCUCUGGAGAGUUACUUCACACAAUCUGCAUAAAAGUGCUUCUAUGGGGAUCCCAAGUGAAGCAGACAAGGUGUAACUUUCUUGCCUGAAAGAAUGCUGAUCAAAAAACAGCUGUUCUCUUUUGUGUGUCUCCUAAAAAUCUGCUUAUAAUUGAAUGGUGUCCUUUAAGUGCCUACUAGUGGUGUUCCAGAAAAUAGAGAUGACCUUGUUGGCUUCCAGUUUUCUCCUUGUUUUUUCUCUACACCAUCUGUGAUUUCAUGAACCUUCAUCUCCUCUCUCUCCCUAUCACCUGUAAACUAAAAAGGUCCAGCAGAUUUAGGCUUUCCUCACAGAGAAGUUUCUGCUGUGGAGGAGAGGGCAGCCAAUGGCUCCUCUCCAUGAUGGCUCUGCUCUGCCUCCCCAGUUGGUGGAGAAGAGGGCUCUGGUGCUUGCAAGAAAGGGGCACCUGGCUGGCUGCUAUGAAGAUGCUGGACCUGGGGGGCGG